AUGAAGCUUUCGUCAUCCCUAAUAAUAUCGUCGAUAAUAUCGUCUGCUCUGUUAUUGAUACAACCAGCACUCGCUGCUGAUUGGAGCUAUCUUGGUUGUUAUUCUAAAUCAUCUUUUUCGGGAGAUGCAACCGACGAUAGUGAGCUAUCAGUAAGCUCUUGUGAGAGUCAGUGCAGUAAUUAUAAAUAUGCCGCGUUACUCAACUCCACUGGCUGUGUUUGUUCAAAUAGUGAUCCCUCUGGUGAUUCUUCCAGUGACAGUAUGUGUGGUUCUACCUGUUCUAGUCUUUCGAAUAGUACCUGUAGUGGCUCUGAUAGUUAUUAUUCUGUUUACAUUAAUAGUGAUGCGACUAGCAGCUCCAGUUUAAGUUCAAGUUCUAGUUCGAGAUCAGCUUCCAUUUCUUCAGCUUCCAGCCAAUCAUCGUUGCCGUCACUGUUGUCACUGACCUCAUUGCUUUCUUCAUUAUCACCAUCGUCAUCAUCCACUUCAUUAACAACAUUGUCAUCAUCCACUUCAUCUUCUUCAUUACCAUCAUUCACUUCAUCUUCUAAAUCGUCGCAUGCUACUCCGACCACGAUCAGUGCUAGCCUUAAAGUCACUUCUUCGUAUGUCUCGUUUUCAGCUACAACAUUUCAAACAACAUCAUUGUCUCUUAGUGUAAAUAGCGAUGGAAAAACUUUAACAUCGAAAGUGCUCAUCAAAACCACACAAAGUUAUAGUGAUGUGUAUGUCACUUACACUGCAAGUGUGACCGACGGAAGCUUGUCAGUAACAUCAAAGUCAAAAACCGGUUCUCUUUCUGGAGGACCAAUAGCAGGAAUUGUUGUAGGUUCUGUUUCUGCAGUUGCAAUCUUCAUUUUUAUUCUAUUUUGGAUUUGGAAAGCACGUAAAGGUGCUAAUGAUGUUGAAAAUCCAGAGGUGGCAGCCGCAGUGGUUGCAAAUAAAUACUCUGAAAAAAUGGGGAGAUUUGGGAUCAAUAGAUUUAGCAAUCUAUCACGUUACGAUGGUGAUGAUGACGAUGACGAUUUCAUUAUGGCUCCAGCUAUGGGCUCAACAGGUGAGGAUAACAAGUAUGAUUCUUUGAAUACCAAAUCAAGCUCUCAACCUAGAAGCUCAUUAGCAACCGCAAAUAAUAAUACAUUGCAAAAUGAUAAUGAUGGGAACGGAAACCAAGAAAUAAAAGAGGAUGAGGAUGAUGAUGGAAUACCAUCGGAUUCAGGAGAUCAACAGAGGUUGUUAAAUCAAAGAUUAGUUAUCAUGAAUCCUGAUAAUUAG